AUGACAACAAUUAUGUUGCUAAACGAGUUUUGUGCGAAUAAACUGAAAAUAAAAUCACAAUCAAUUGAGAGAGCAUUUGAAUUAAUUCGAGGCAAUGAUAUCGAGCUGCCGGUUAUGAGCGGACUCUCGAAUAUGGCCACACUUAUGAUGAGCAGUGGUUCAAGCGGUGCACCGAAAGCUAUUAUACAAACAAAUCGUAAUUUAUUGGCAAUCGUAGCCAUAACACAACACCCGGAGAUAUGUCCGUUAAAAUCAGAUGAUAUAAUGUUGUCCUCAGGUUUUAACCACUUGUGCGGACAGCGCAGUCUGUUUACGAGUAUCACUACUGGCGCACAGUUAGUGGUUUUGGGCGACGAUCACAGCAACGAGGCUACAUUUGAUGCCAUUCACGACAUGAAUGUUACCACUAUAUUCACAAUUCCAACCGAAUUGAAUUUUCUCAUUAAAUAUCGACACAAAUAUAACAAAACAUAUCUCAAGACAUUGCGGGAUGUGUUUUGCGGCGGUGCAUUUCUCAAGUAUGGUAUGUCUGAGUGCGGAGGUGUUACAAAUGUUUAUUUAAGUGAAAGUAAAUGUUUACCAAAUGUGGAAACUAUUGGCAAAGUAAACCCAGGGGUUGAGAUCAAGAUCAUAGAUAAUUUGGGAAAUUCUUUGCCUCCCAAUAGUAUCGGACAGAUUUGCAUUCGUGGAGAUAAUGUUGUUCCUGAUCGUUGCAAAGAUGUGAUUAAUUUCAACGGCAUAAUUGUUUCGCCCGUGGAAUUAGAAAAGGUUUUAUUAUCCCACGAAUUAGUAGUAAAUGCGGCCGUAAUUGGAGUGAAAGACGAAGAGAACGGUGAGAUUCCUAUGGGAUUUGUUACCAUCAAAAGUGGUGCUCAGGUCGGGGAACAGGAACUCAUGGAUUACGUUAAUAAUCGAGUUAAUCCUAUUAAGCAAUUGAGAGGAGGAGUGAAAAUUGUAAAGGCAUUACCCCUCACACCUCUCGGCAAAGUUAAGAAAGCAGAUGUUAAACAAAUGAAUUCCUAUCCCUACACCUUCCUAUCGCCCCUACGCGGAUGUUUAGCUGUCAAACACUGUACAUGUUUGACAGCUCAACAUCCGCGUAGGGGCGAUAGGAAGGUGUAG